UAAUAGAAGGUCAUCAUCACACUAACGGUGUAAAUAAACAUAUUUAGUUUAUGUUAAUAAUCGUUUGUUAUUGCAAAUUCAUAUACGAAAAAAGUAGUGAGUGGAUAUAUAAUGCAGUGCGAUGAAUUACAGAUAAAGCUUUCGAAUUCUGCUAUUCCUUCAGUACGUUUAACAGAGUUAGAUAGUGCUCUUCAUGAGCUUGGAAUGUUGGCAACGUGCACUAAUUCGCGUAAAGAGUACCUGAACGAAAUCCAUCAGCAAAAUCUGUGUAAAAUGCUAAAAAUUAACACCAGAUACGUUUCGAAUGUGUCCAUUGGUUUCCAAGUGAGGCCAGUCACACCCCAUGUAAGAUAUAAGCCUUAUCAAAUACCAAAACGUGAAGAGAGGCACAGAACAAAGUCAGAGAAUAAUGACAAUGAAGAGUCGAGUAGUGUGGUGAGGAAAGUUGUUGAGGAAACUUUUUUACAAACAUUCGAACUUGCUCAACUGAAGAAGGCAAAAUCUUUGGAGAACAUUGUGGCAGAGACAACAGGGAGCAACUUUGUACCUGAAAUAGAAGUUGUAUCAAAUUGCAUAGAAAAGCUUAAAGUAGCUGAAUAGAACAAGCUUCUAUUCAUCUGAAGUGAUUGAAAGUUUUUCAAGAAAAAUUAAAAAAGUUAGUAUUCACAGCUUUCAAUUUGUUAGGUGUUAAAAAACGUUUAUUUGGUCUCAUUCAUUAUAAAUAUGCAUUUCUUACCAUUGUAAGAAUCUACAAACGUGAUCCAGUUAUUGUUUUAUUUUUUUUUUUUUAUGUAAAUUGAACUAAUCCAUGUGAUGUACAGGGGUUUUUUUAACAUUCUGCUCAAUUCUGCGCCAGUGUAACCAAAUUUGACAUACAGUAUUAAAAAGUAGAACUAAAUUUACCCUGUAGCACCAUCAAGAGUUUACAUUUCACCUAAUCACCCCGUACAAUUUUUUUAAGUUUGUGGAUACACUUUAGUUGCGAAAAAUAUAGUUUUUGUUGAGUAGUUGUUUAAAAAAAGCAACUUAGUGUUACUUAUUUUUUAUUAUUACUUCGUUUGGGGAAAUCAAAAAAUCUAUUGAUAAUUUAUUUAUGUGACUGCUUACGAAUGUGUUAAUUUAAUAUUUUUUGCUACACUUUUUUAUGUGUAACGUACAUUUAUGUGAUAGAUCGUCAUCGUUAUAUCGUCUCGUCGUUAUAUUGCAUAAUAAUUUUAGUUACCCUUUACAAAAUUUAUAUCUUAUUAAUAUGAUACACGAUAUAUGCCAGAGAAUAAUUUAUGUUUGUUUUUGAUUGAAUAACCGUAUUACAACACAGUAAUAAUAACAGUUUAAAAUAGAAAGUUGUAAUGACACAUUUACCAACACUAAUAUCAAUAUUUAUUACUUAGAUUACACAUUUAUUAGUAUUCAGCUAGCUGCAGUUUUCGAAUUAAGAUGUUGAGUACAAAUUUUGAACUUUUAUAGCGUCUUUUGAAGCAAAAAUAAUCAAAUGAUAUCAGUGAAAACCGAGCGAAAUAAAUUACUUUAAAAAACA